AAUUCAUUAUUGUAAGGGAAAAGCAAAAAAUGCGAUUGAAGGCUGUAUUAUUAUGGAUCCACAAUCAGGAUAUAAGAGAGCUAAGGCCAUUCUAAAACAGCUCUUUGGACAGUCGCAUGUAAUAGCGCGAGAAACCUUAGAGGACUUAUUUAGAACUGGGAAUGUAGAAUUUAAUGAUCCUGAAUCAUUGACGAACUUGGCUAUUAAAAUGCAGAACGCUGCUUUAACUUUAGAACAGUUAAAUUGUACAGCUGAACUUAACUCUAUGGCUACUUUAGAACGAAUAGUAAGGCUCUUACCUCGUCGAAUGCAAGCCCAGUGGGCAGAGCUAGUAUUCAAGUGGGACGAAGAGGAGAGAGAGCCCAAUUUUAACGAAUUGACGGAAUUUAUUAUGUCUCGUGCUAAGAUAGCUAGUAGUAGGUUUGGAAGAUUAGCUUAUCAGGCUAAAACAGGAAAUAAUACGGAAGCUACUAGUGGUCUGCGUGCGAGACAUUCGGAUUUUUCGUUUCUACCUAAAGCACGCUCGGAAGAUAAGAGAUUUGUCAAUUAUAUCACGAAAGCAUACGCUGAUGAAGGACGAGUAUGUGACCGUAACGAUGUAAAGCCUCUUGAUGCGUGUCCUAGCAAGAAGCCGGUUGGUGUAACAGAUAAGAUGGCUUUUCUAAGUAUAGAAAAGAAAGAAAAAGGUGAAAAGUGUAGGCAUCAAGAUGGAUCCGAAGUGUGUGAUGAUAAAAGCCUCUUAGCUGCUCGAAAAGCCUGGAACGGUUAUUUGGAUUCGAGUAAUCAGAGGUUAAUGAGUUCAGCAAAUAUGAAUAAGGCCCAGGCAGGAUUGACUGAACGGAAUAAAGCUUAUUUUCGGAACCC